AUGGCAGGCGGCAGAGUUGCACAUGCGACCCUCAAGGGGCCGAGCGUGGUGAAGGAGAUCUUCAUUGGACUCACCCUUGGGCUGGUUGCUGGUGGUAUGUGGAAGAUGCAUCACUGGAACGAGCAGAGGAAGACGCGAUCCUUCUACGACAUGCUUGAGAAGGGGCAGAUCAGCGUCGUUGUCGAGGAGUAG